AUGUAUUCAUCAAUUGUAUUAACAGCUGAUGUCCUUCACGAUAUUUUCAAAUUUUUUAAGAAUGAUCAAAAAACACUUUAUUCCUUAGUUCGAGUUAACCAUUUAUGGUGUUAUCAAGCAAUCCCUUUAUUAUGGAGUAAACCAUUUGAUAUGACUACACAAGAUAGAUAUUAUGAAAUAAUUCAAACUUAUGUUACUUGUCUUCCCGAACAUAUAAAAUCUCAUUUAGUUUAUGCUGGCAUAAAAUUAUCAACAAAUUAUUCUCAUAAUCAACCAUUUUUUGAUUAUCCAUCUUAUUUACAACAUUUCGACUCGGAUAAAUUUAAUCGAGCGUUAAAUAUUUGGUUAAGAAUAACUUUAAUAAAUGAAAAUUACGUCGAUCCACUUUUAAUAUUCUGUGGACCUUUAAAGAAAAUUUUGGGUCCAAUAGUUAAAGAUUGUUAUAUAAUUUAUCCACAAAAUAUCUUACAAAGAACAUUAAAUAAAUGCCUGGAACCAGUGAUAAAGGAUUAUUACUCAAAAAAUCCAAAAUAUAACUUAUUUAAAGAAAUAACUCAUUUAAUAUUUAGUAGAUGUAAUAGAUUAAAAAGUCUUUUAGUAUAUGUUGGUGAUGAACACACUUUAUCUUUGGUAGAUAUGGAUUUUUCUUUACUCACCCGACGACAUAAUGCUUUAUUAAGUUUACAAAAAUUCGAGUUAACCUUAAGAACACCACCUUCUUCUUCUCACUCCCCUCCUUCUUCCUCUUCUUCCUCUUCUCCCUCUUCUCAUUCUCACUCUCCUUCUUCUCCUCACUCCCCUCCUUCUUCAUCUUCUUCCUCUUCUCCCUCUUCUCAUUCUCACUCUCCUUCUUCUUCUUCUAAAGAUGACAUCUUAACCAAUCUAUUUACAAUGAUGUCAACUUUUGCUACAAAUAUUCAAGAAAUUACAAUUCAAUCAUACACUACAAAAUUACCAUCACAAGUUCACAGUAGUUUAUAUAGAAUGAUUGAAUCACAAAAAUCUUUACAAUCAUUUAUGUCCAAUUAUUUUUGGGAUGUUACAUACCCUUCUUUAUUUAAAGCAUUAUUAAAUCAAUCGCGAUCUUUAACUAAAUUUCGUCUUUGGGGUUUAACAAAUAUUGAUAAUUCAUUAGUAAUUGGUUUAUUAGAAUGGGAUGCUUUAGAAACAUUUGAAUUAAUGGGAUGCCCUAUAUCUUCUUUACCGGAUAAUUUUUUUGAUUCCUUUUCAAAUGGUCAAUUAAAAAUUAAGAAUUUUUUUUUAGGAAAUGGUUAUGGAUCUUAUCCUUUCAUAACUAAUGGUCUUCUCAAAAUGAUAAAUUUAAAUUUACAAAAAUUGGUAGUGGAAGGAAUAACACCUGAAAUAGUGGAAGCGGUUAGAGAAAAUUGUCCUCAAUUAACUCAUCUUUCAAUUUGUGCUUAUCAAAGUAUUCAUCAAACUUUACCUAGAUUACUUUCUUCUUUAUCAUUAUUAGAAACUUUAAUUCUAGGAAAUCAAGAACAAUUCUUAUACACUUCUGAUACAUUAAUACAAUUUUCUCAAUCAAUACCUUCCUCAUUAUGUACAUUAUUUCUAAAUUUUAAUAUUUCUUCACUUUCAUUAAAAGUGAUAUUGAAAGAAUGUCAAGCUUCAUUAAAUAUAUUAGAAUUACAUCAAAUACAAAGUAAAGAAUAUGAAUUAUUCUCUAUAUUAAUUCAAUAUAGUAAAGAAAAUGAAAAUUUGAAAGAAUUGAAAUUAUAUUUAGCUAAUAAUUUUAGAUAUUCUGAAAAUAAUAUAAAAUAUAUAGAUUAUUUUGUAGAUUAUAUGUAA